CUGUAUAUAAGGAGCCGCAUCCGCCCAUGUGCCGCAGGUUCUCUUACAUCGACCGCCUAAGAGUCGCGCUGUAAGAAGCAACACCUCCUCCUCGCCUCCGCCAACCUCCGGGCAGCCGCAAAGCAGCAACCAUGCGUGAGUGCAUCUCCAUCCACGUUGGCCAGGCUGGUGUCCAGAUCGGCAAUGCCUGCUGGGAGCUCUACUGCCUGGAACAUGGCAUCCAGCCUGACGGCCAGAUGCCAAGUGACAAGACCAUCGGGGGAGGAGAUGACUCCUUCAACACCUUCUUCAGUGAGACAGGCGCUGGCAAGCAUGUGCCCCGGGCCGUGUUCGUAGACCUGGAACCCACAGUCAUCGAUGAAGUUCGCACUGGUACCUACCGCCAGCUCUUCCACCCUGAGCAGCUCAUCACAGGCAAGGAAGAUGCUGCCAAUAACUAUGCCCGUGGCCACUACACCAUCGGCAAGGAGAUCAUUGAUCUUGUCUUGGACAGAAUUCGCAAGCUGCGUGAGUGCAUCUCCAUCCACGUUGGCCAGGCUGGUGUCCAGAUCGGCAAUGCCUGCUGGGAGCUCUACUGCCUGGAACAUGGCAUCCAGCCUGACGGCCAGAUGCCAAGUGACAAGACCAUCGGGGGAGGAGAUGACUCCUUCAACACCUUCUUCAGUGAGACAGGCGCUGGCAAGCAUGUGCCCCGGGCCGUGUUCGUAGACCUGGAACCCACAGUCAUCGAUGAAGUUCGCACUGGUACCUACCGCCAGCUCUUCCACCCUGAGCAGCUCAUCACAGGCAAGGAAGAUGCUGCCAAUAACUAUGCCCGUGGCCACUACACCAUCGGCAAGGAGAUCAUUGAUCUUGUCUUGGACAGAAUUCGCAAGCUGGCUGACCAGUGCACAGGUCUUCAGGGCUUCUUGGUUUUCCACAGCUUUGGUGGGGGAACUGGCUCUGGGUUCACCUCCCUGCUGAUGGAGCGGCUCUCUGUCGAUUAUGGAAAGAAGUCCAAGCUGGAGUUCUCCAUCUACCCAGCCCCCCAGGUUUCCACUGCUGUGGUUGAGCCCUACAACUCCAUCCUCACCACCCACACCACCCUGGAGCACUCUGAUUGUGCCUUCAUGGUAGACAACGAGGCCAUCUAUGACAUCUGUCGUAGAAACCUCGACAUUGAGCGCCCCACCUACACUAACCUAAAUAGGUUGAUAGGUCAAAUUGUGUCUUCCAUCACUGCUUCCCUCAGAUUUGAUGGAGCCCUGAAUGUUGACCUGACAGAAUUCCAGACCAACCUGGUACCCUACCCUCGCAUCCAUUUCCCUCUGGCCACAUAUGCCCCUGUCAUCUCUGCUGAGAAAGCCUACCAUGAGCAGCUUUCUGUAGCAGAGAUCACCAAUGCCUGCUUUGAGCCAGCCAAUCAGAUGGUGAAAUGUGACCCUCGCCAUGGUAAAUACAUGGCUUGCUGCCUGCUGUACCGUGGGGAUGUGGUUCCCAAAGAUGUCAAUGCUGCCAUUGCCACCAUCAAGACCAAGCGCAGCAUCCAGUUUGUGGACUGGUGUCCCACUGGCUUCAAGGUUGGCAUUAAUUACCAGCCUCCCACUGUGGUACCUGGUGGAGACCUGGCUAAGGUCCAGAGAGCUGUGUGCAUGCUGAGCAACACCACAGCCAUCGCUGAGGCCUGGGCUCGCCUAGAUCACAAGUUUGAUCUGAUGUAUGCCAAGCGUGCCUUUGUGCACUGGUACGUGGGUGAGGGCAUGGAGGAGGGGGAGUUCUCUGAGGCCCGUGAGGACAUGGCUGCCCUAGAGAAGGAUUAUGAGGAGGUGGGUGUGGAUUCUGUUGAAGGAGAGGGUGAGGAAGAAGGAGAAGAAUACUAAUCUAUUCUUUCUGCCCCUGGAUCAUGUCAAACUCCUAGAACUUCAGCUUCAACAUUAGCUGAUAGGCAUUGAUUCCUCUAAUUGUGUCAUCUUCAUUCUGUGAUCAUGUAUUUGUCUGUGGCCCUGUAUGGUCUUUCCAUGAUGUCUCAAAGUAAAAAGCUUUAAGACACUU